GUAUGGGUCUGGAAUAUGACUUUUACCAUUUUGUAAAAGCAUAAAAACACCUUGAAUAGUAGACUGAAAAAUAAAGUUGUCAUUUUUGGAAAAUUAGGUUGCGGAAGGUUUAUAAUGUGAUCAAAUAUUAUGGGUAUAAAGCCAGAAGGAAGUUGAAAUAAUAAGAAAGUCGAUUUAAAAAGUAACAGCGCAAUGAAAAAUAACAGCUUUACUACUUUACCAGAAUAAAGUCAAAAUAUUAUGAGAAAAGAAAAGAUGCAUUCAAACGAGAAUAUGAGAAUUUUCUGAAAUAGAAUUGAAAUGUUUUGUGGAAAAAUAAUCAUAAUAAUAAUCAUUUUAGUAGCUUAAUGUUCAAGAAAAGAAUACAAUAAAAAUGAAGCCUAUUGCUGUGGUCCAGCAAGGUGCACUCUAUUGGGGCACAUGCUCCGAGCAGCCGGUCUGACUGCUACAGAGCUCUCUAGGAAACCUUUCACACUUUUUGAGGUGGCCGAAGUAAUGUUUUUAUUUUUUUAAAUGUCUUCCUCAAAAAGUGAAUAUCAGCUUAGGACAUUAUGAUAGACUGUUAAUGUCCCAAAACCAUAAUCUAUAUUUUAACACCUCCAAGACAAAUAAAAAAUAAAAUUAACUCUCUCUGAAUAUUAUUUCAUUGUCUGUUUGAUAAAAAGCCCGAUCCAGCCUGCCCUCCGAGUGACUCUAAUCAUCACUUAGCCGCCGUCUUUAUGUCGAACCAACGUGGCACAAAGCAAAUCAAUUUCAUUUUGCCGCCACAUUGAGCAUGAAAAUAGACAGCCAGUCCAAUUAAUUGUUCUGCCGUUUGACUCACUGACGCCUCACAUGACAGGAUGGGAAUAACAAUCACACACAAGGGGUUGGGGGGGUACGCAAAUCCACUUGUUUAAUCCACAUGGAGAAAGUGGAAUGAAAGGUGACUCCAUUACAUUUAAUGUCCAACUUGGGAUGAAACAUUCAAGGACGUGUGGAGCCAUUUUUUUUACAUUUUGUAUAUUAAAGCUAAAAUGUCAGGUCAAGAUAUGCCAGACAAUUCAAAUACUACAUAUUCCCAUUUGUGGUAUAUAAAGAAAAAUAAUCAUUUGUGUAAAAUGUUGUACUCUAAUGAGAAAAGCUUGUAAUGUUAUGUUAUGAAGACUAUAAAUUUGAUAAUAUGCUAAAAGCCGCGGGCUGAAAAUGGCCCCUGGGCCCCACUUUGGACACAUGUGAUGUCUCUUAUGAGUACACGUGUGUGCAUGCAUUAUAAAGAAAUGCUUAAGCUAGUGUGAGUGAGGGUAAAGUUUGCAGUAAUUAAUCACAGAGUUGGCACGUUGCUGCAUGGCCUGCAUGGCCUGCAUGCACGACGCUGCGGUCAGAAAAGUGUUUAGUGGCUGUUCAAAUGUGGCUUCGGGGUGAGGGUGGUCGAGGGUAAACGCAGGGAGGUCUAUGAGGGGGAUUGGAUGAAGUCUGUGACAUCUCGGCCCCCUUUUAGACACUCCACCCCCCUCUCUCUCUCUCUCGCUCUCUCGUCGACUCAGGUGAAGAGCGGCAGGUGUUAAAACCCCAUCAGCCGUGCAGCUAUACUUUACUCUUAAUGAAUCCUCCUUCCUCUGCACUCAAAUACAGUUUUUUUUUAAGUGGAGCAAGUUUGAUAGACCCCACCAGAGUGCAAAGUGGGGCCGUGCAUAACCCAUAUGAGCUCUAACCAUACCAUAACCACCAAGUACUAUACCUAUACUACCAUUGUUUCACCUUCCACCAUGAGCUUGAAAAAGCUUGUAUACUUGCAGCUAAUUUUUGGCCUUGAAAUUCAAUUACCAUCAUUUCAUAUCACUAUGCCUCUAAUAUCAUUUUUUUAAGUACUGGGUGUGCACCACCCAUGUGCACCACAGUUUGGGAACCCAUGAACUACAACAUUCUGGACCAGGAACUGUGAACUUGUCACUAAAAUGUAUCUUUUUUAAAUGAGGGAUGCCAUCUUACAUUCAAUUUUCCAAAAAUACAACUAUAAAAUAAUAACCUUAUGCUACUAAAAUGUAUUUUUUCUCAUAUUAUGACAUUAUGAGGUAAAAUUGUGUUGUUUAGACCAGGGUUUUCUAGAGUAUAAUAAAAUUAUAUAUAUGACAGCAAAAAUGGUCAAAUUAGCCAUAAUUAAACCGUAAUUAAACAUAAAAUAUUGUGCUCUAACAAGAGUCGUAAUUUAUAAAGAAUAACAUUGCAAUAAUAUUCUGCUUAAAUUACAACUCUUGUUACUUUAUUCAAAUAAAGUCAAAAUAUUAAGACAAAAUUGAGUCAUACAUUUACGAGAUUAACAUUGUAAUAUUAAUCUCAUAAAAUUGUUUGUUCAUUCCCAUAAAAUGACUGCUGAUAUUUUGUUAUUGUUUAUAAUUAUCUUUUAAAGCAUGUACUUUGCACACACCUGGUUUAACGGUGCCAUUUAAAGCUGCACCUGUGCGCAUGCGUAUUAAGUCUUCUAUCUGGGCAUGCGCGAGGGUGGCCGCGUAAACAACAAUGGCGCCUGGUAGAUUUCGUACUUUUAAAGCUUCUCCGUCAAAGUGUACAUUUACUGCAUUUCUACCAUGUCUAGCAGAGUGUCAUUCUUUACUAAAGUCGUCAUUGACAUAUCACAAAUACAUAUUUAAUCCACUUUAAAGGACAGUUUAGCGUUGAAGGGCGAGCAGUUAGCUAAAGUAGCUAUCGAUAGUGUUGCCAUGUAAAAGACCCUCAAAUUACAUUUUACAGACAUUCAAUUCACUGCCUGCUGCUGUACAGAAAACCCACCAAAUUAGCUUUCAUAUCAUUAGUGUCACCACUUUAUUAUUUUACAAUUUCCCACACUGCUUGUGUGAGCAGCUCCAGUUUGUGGAUACUGUAAUCGUGGGAAAAUAAUGACAGUUAUCAGUCGCACCCACCAAGUGCCCAUAAAAAUGCGUCCUCUGUUCUGGAAGAUGAUAAUUAUUGGUUGUACCACCAUUAUCAUUGUUGAUAGAGGAAGUCUUGAAGCAUUUUUUUCCCCCCACUAAAGUAAUAAUCCCGGGGAAAUCGCUUCAAAUUGGCCUAUUUUAGGGAGAGGGGGUGUGGGCAGCAAGGGGACCACUUUUGGUUAUAUUUGAGAGAUUCUUUAAAUUCGGGGAGCACACUGGUAUCUGUGCACAUCAUGCUCUCACUCUUUUUUUUCUUUUUUUUGCAACUUGCUGGUCCUUAUUUGAGCCCAAUGAUGUAAUUGGGCUGCUAAUGACAGCGCGGGAAUGUAAUGAGUUAUUCAGGUGGGAGAUGGAGGCAGCAGAAGCCUGGCGAUGCUUCUUCGGCUCUGUGCACCUCUGCAGCCUGCAAGACGAGCCCAAAAUGAGCAACUCCUCCCGGAUACAAUUUACUUCUUCGUCUUCGUCGUCUUCUUCUUCGUCUUCUUCAUGUCGAAGCACGUGCAUCCUCUCUGCGUGGACUCAUCCCUUCAUGUUCUCCCCACAGGUUGUUCAAAGCCAGACGGGCCAAUUGGCUGGCCUCGUGGAGCGAGUGGACCAAUCAGCGGCUGCCAUUGAUGAAUAUUCAUGAGUGCCAGAUUCAAACCUUUGGGGGAGUUUAUCUCGGUCUCCAACAUCAUACCUGGGACUUUUCACGGACACAAACUGCAUUUUCUUAUGAAUGGACGGAGAAAAAAGCGGUUCGACUUAAAUUGGGAGCCCUCCUGGUCUGGACUCAAACAAGAAAAGCCGGAGGAGGACGGGAGCCGCCGGAAGAGAUGACAAUGACUACCAUCCCAGAAAGUCUGAACAGUCCCUCCUCGGGAAAAAGCGUUUUCAUGGAGUUUGGACCUCCGAGUCAACAAAUGUCUCCGUCCUCCAUGUCCCACGGACACUACCCGGUGCACUGUUUACAUUCUGCGGGCCACGGCCAACACGACAGUUAUAGCCCGGGCCCGAACUUCCCCCGAACCCUUGCCUACCCGUACAUCAACUCGGUGGGCAACCAUUCCAGCAGCCCGUACCUCGGAACGGUCCAAACGUACCAGAACAGCACGGCACUGCCUCAGACCCGGUUAGAGGAUUCAGCACCGGAAGCAGGCAAGAACACGGUGGUGGAAGGCGGAGAGGUUCGCUUCAACGGGAAAGGGAAGAAGAUCCGAAAGCCCAGAACCAUCUACUCCAGUUUACAACUUCAAGCCCUCAACAGAAGAUUUCAGCAAACACAAUAUUUGGCCUUACCGGAAAGAGCCGAGCUCGCAGCGUCUCUCGGACUCACGCAGACACAGGUGAAGAUUUGGUUUCAAAAUAAGAGGUCGAAGUUCAAGAAACUGAUGAAGCAGGGCGGGGGCACCAUUGACACGAACGCUUUGGCCAGUGGCCGUGGACUAUCCAGCGGUUCCCCCACCGUGUCUCCAGUGUGGAGCACGCCGACCGCAGUGAAGACGUCUGUGGGCACUAGCGGGUCUUACAUCCCGGCCUACACGUCGUGGUACCCCGGUACGCACCAGGAGUCUAUGCAACAGUCCGCCCAGCUCAUGUGAACUCACACGUCGACCACCUGAGUCUGGGGGUGGAGGGGGUUGGGGGGGUGUUGGAGUGGUCACGUGAUGAUGCACAACACCGAACCAGAGCUUGAACGAGGAUCAUUUUCCAUUUUUUGGCUGCUCCUUAUCAUCUAUUCUUCUAUUUUUUCAUCAUAUUUGUCCGAGAAAUGCUGUUUUUUUACGCAGCAGGCUACAAUAAAUCACUGGUUUGUUUCUUACGUUACCAUGGUGACGACUUUGCAUCCACGAGGAGACUCCCCCUUGCACCAAAUAUUGAUCAUAUUAACGGACCUGUUAUCAUAGAGCCUAUUGUACAAACCCCUUCAAUUGCUGUUUAUGUGCUGAUUAUUUAAGUUAAAUUAUAUUUUUGGUUAAAUUGAGGCCAGUAUUGUGUUGAUUUGUGUGUUAAAAUGAGACAACGUUGUGUUGUUGUUGCUGCACUAAUGCUAUUUUCUGCUUGCAAUGGCCACAUGUGAAGAGAAAAGGGAAAAAGGCCUGGCAGUUCUAAAGCUGCACCACCAACAAAAGCACCCCCCCCCCCCCCCCAAAAAAAAAAAUGAGACAAGCAGCUCAUUUUUUUUGUCACUGUAUUUUGUAUAUAUUUUUUUUAAAAGAAAGAAACCAACAUGUUUUGUGCUUUACUGGCUGUGAAAGGUUUUAGGCUUGCUGUACGUGUUUUAGUCCACAUAGAAAAGAUUUAGUUUUGUAUUGACUUCUUUAAUUUAUUGGCUCUAUAUAUGUACAUAAUGUGCACACUUUGACAAAGCAGUAAAAAGAUUUAAAUUAUGUGAAGAAGCUUGUGUGAGA